GCGAAAGAGUUAACCAGUACUCAUCGACUGGCCGAAUUCGUUGCAUAUCUCCGUGAUUCUGUUUGGCCUCCCACAGAUCCGACACAACCUACAACUCAACCGGGUGAGCGGGCAAUGGAGACUAAAAUGCGCACCCGGGUGUUGUGUCGUACCAUGCUAUUGGGUUCUGUUUCUGAGGAUUUGGCGCAAUUCCUAGGUAACGAGACAACUCGUCGUGGAGUGCUUCGUGUUUUCCGUCUGCUCCAGGAGGAGCGCUUUAAUCGUCGUUUUGUACACUUUCUGCUAGAGGCCAUCCUAUGCCAACUAUUUCGUUCCCAUCGAGCCCAUUGGGAAUCGUUAUUCGAGAAGCAGCUCUGUCCCACCAAAACUGGACGCUCUUGUCGUGCACAUGCCACUCCUCCUUCAGUUUGA